AGAAUUUCUUAACUAUUUUUUAUCAAAAUAUUAAAAUAUCUGUAGAAGAGUUAUUCAAAAUUGUUUCAGAUUAAUUGUAAUACCGAAAUCACGUGUACCAUGAUUACGGCAACCUGGAGAUUACUGUCUCCUAUUAAUAGGAAACAGUUUAAUCCGCUAAAUUUCUUUUGCACUAGGGAAUUUGUUUCUGCACAAGACUUUACUACACUUAAAUCAAAACAGAAUAUAGAAAAAGAUUCUAUACCACCAAAGCCAAAGAAACCACCAAACGCAUAUCUCUUAUAUUACUCCUCUAUAAAGAACAAAUUGCUAAAAGAAUAUCCUCAUUGCAAACAAAAAGAACUUGUGAAAAUAGCAUCAGAGAAAUGGGCACAACUUGACUCAACAAUAAAGCAAAAUUUGCAGAUGCAAUUUCAUGAACAAUAUUCUAUAUAUAAACAGAAAUUAAUAGAUUAUGAAAAUUCUUUAACUAAUGAACAGAAGAAGAAACUAAAAUUAUUGAAAAAAGAACAUACUUCGGAGCAGAAUAAAAUUAAACAAAAAUUUAUGGAACUUGGAAUGCCAAAACGGCCAGCAUCUGCCUUCGUAUUAUUCAUGCAAAAUAAAAAGGAUACCAAAAAAUCAUAUGAAUUACAAAAAGAUUGGAUAAGUAAUUUAGCUAAUGAAUGGAAAAAUAUGACGACAGUAGAUAGAAAUAAAUAUAAUGCAGAAGCAAAUGAUUUAGCAAAAAAAUAUAAGAUUGAAAUGCAAAAAUGGAAAGAAGAAAUGAUUCAAGCAGGUCAUUAUAAUAUUGUAAAAUCCAAUGUUAAACAUAAACUUCAGACAGAUAAACAUGAAAAAUAGGAUUCAGAGUGCCCCAACCAAUGUAGUAUACCUAUUGUUGAAUCCAUUGCUGCAAAUUUCUCCACUGUUAGAAUUGAAAAUAAAGAGAAUAUUAAAAUAGGUUGGGGCACUAGUACUAUACAUUGUACAUUUGGAAAAGAUCCUGAUAAUGACAGUGAUCAACGACAUGAUUCUACAAAGGACAUGGCACUUUAUGAAAAUAAAAAUAUUUCACAAACUACAGUGGAAUGUCCAAGAAAAAUGGCAGUGGAUAUAUCGAUAAACGAAGUCAAAGAGUCAGUUGAUCAACCUCAAAAUACACAUAUAUAUACACAGAUAUAUACAUAUUUUGUCUCAAUAUGGAAAAGAGGUUUAAUAGUUCUAAAAGAGACUAGUGAAAACUGGAAGACGAAAUUAUACUAACCCAAAUGAGAUGACUAUUAUGAUGAUGACAGCAGCAGACGUGUACAAUAAUUUAUGCUAUCUCAACAUUAUACAUACAUACAUUC